AUGAAGGCACUAGAUUGGGAUUUAAAUGUGUCAGAGUUACAGUUCAAUGUGCUCAAGGCCAAUUUUGGAGAAACCGUUGAUUCACGGAACCGCAUUUUCUCUCUGAUGCGCACCAAUUAUGAACCGCCGGCGUUGAAAAGGGCCGAUGCGAAGGCCGGUGAAGAGUUCAGUCAAGACUUGGAACUAUAUGUAUAUCUCUAUUACUUUUGUUGUGUUUCUACUGUGGUAUUUGUACAGCUGGCAGCCGUUGUAUCCAGAUCUCAGCGAAGGGAGGCUACUUCUAACACCACACAAUAUCCACCCGACUUUGACACAAGCGCAUUGCCCAAUACUGGGCUUCACGAGAAUUCUCGCAGUGGGGAUUGGGAAAACGAAGUUGAUAUUGUUGGCGUAUCAUACAUAGACGGUUCUAACUCAAGAAAGCUAAUUGUGACAAUUGUGUCACGAAGCACUGAUCAGGAGGAGACUUUUGAUAUUGAGCGGAUUUAUCAGAAAUGUCCACAGAAGGUAAGACAUUCUUGUUUUUAG